AUGAAUGGCAUCAUCUGUGGACGAAAAGGGCAAGGAGCCAUUCUCUGCAAAGUUUGCAAAAGAAAAACUGUUGAGAUUGCAGGGAUUUGGCAUUUCCAAGGAAGCCUUAAAUUAACAAGACAGGAACCAAGAUGUGAAACCCUAUACAGGACCGAGGAUACCACCAUCCCAGAAUAUUGAAGGUCCAACAGAGACCAGCCUAUGGCUGCUCUUAGAAUUAGAGGGCCAAAGGCAGGGCUGAAGCUGAGCAUCUCCACAAUUAUCCUUCAGGGUUCUCAGGAGGAUGAGAGUGUUAAGGAAGACAAACUCAGGUGCCUGCCUCCUGUGCCCUCUUGCCUGCUGCCCCUGAGCACAGUCAUCAUGCCUCGCGGUCAGGAGAGUAAGCGUCGUGCCCGUCAGAAACGUUGCCAGGCUCGAGGUGAAGACCGAUGUCUCAGGGGUGCUCAAGCCACCGCAGCAGAGGAGGAAAGUCUGCCAUCCUCCUCCUUUCCUGUAUGCCAGAGUGCUUCCCAGAGCUCCCCCGCUGCGGGCAUUUCUCAGGAGUCCCAGAAAGCUAGAAACCCCAGCUCUCCAGCUGCAGCUGUUUCACUCAUAAGUUGUGAUGAAGGUGCCAAGGGCCAAAAGGGGGAAAGUCCCAACUCCUCCCAAGGCCCGUCCUUCUCUGAGAGCUCAGGAGAUCUUCUGAAUGUGAAGACAGGCCAACUGGUGCAGUUCCUGCUCAACAAGUAUAUAAGGAAAGAGCCCAUUACGAGGGAAGCCAUGCUGAAGGUUAUCAACAGAAAGUACAAACAGCACUUCCCUGAGAUCCUCCGGAGAAGUGCCGAGAACAUGGAGAUGGUCUUUGGCCUCGAAUUGAAGGAAAUGGAUCCCAGACAUCAGUUCUAUAUGCUUUUCAGCAAGCUGGACUUUCCCAAUCAAGAGAGUCUGAGCGAUGGCAGGGACUUUCCCAAGAGCGGGCUCCUGAUGGUUCUCCUGAGCAUGAUCUUCAUGCAUGGCAACCGUGCCACUGAGGAAGAGAUGUGGGAAUGCCUGGGUGCACUGGGAAUGCAUAAAGGUAGGAAGCACUUCAUCUUUGGGGAGCCCCAGGAGCUUGUCACCAAAGAUUUGGUGCAAGAGGGGUACCUCGAGUACCGGCAGGUGCCCGGCAGUGAUCCUCCAUGCUGCGAGUUCCUGUGGGGUCCCAGGGCCCAUACUGAAACCAGCAAAAUGAAAGUUCUGGAGUUUGUAGCCAAGCUCAAUGAUACCGUUGCCAGUACCUACCAGUCCCAGUAUGAGGAGGCUCUGAGAGAUGAGGAAGAGCGAGCCAGAGCCAGAGCGGCAGCCAGAGCAGCAACCAGGGCCAGAUCUAGCAGGUCCUCCCAGCCCUAG